AAAAUUCUUAAUGCUUGUGUUUUCAUCUCAAAGUACCCAAGUUCGAAUAUUGUUCUGUUUUCCAUCUUUUUAAAAUUGGGGGCAUGACUCCUUACUACUGUUUUAAUUUUAUUUAUUUAUUUAUUCAUUUUUCAUUUUAUCCCUAAUUCUCACCAGAAAAAUAACCCCAUGAGAAGUGCGCGGGAGAAUUUGUCGGCGGACGAGGAGACCCUCCGGUGGGCGGCGCUGCAAAAGCUUCCAACCUACGACCGUCUACGAAAAACUGUUCUUAAAUCGUUCUCCGACGAUGAUGACGUCAUUCGUGUCGUCGACGUGAGGAAGCUCGGCACGACCCGCCGGCGGGAGUUCAUCGACCGGUUCUUUAAGGUCGCCGACGAAGAUAACGACAAAUUCCUCUCGAAGCUCAAGAACCGUAUCGAUCGAGUUGGAAUAAACCUUCCUCAAGUAGAGGUUAGGUUCGAGCAUUUGAACGCAGAGGCCGACUCGUUUGUCGACAAGGGAAGGGCAAUUCCGACUCUCCCUAAUGCCGUUUUCGACCUUGCGGAAAAGCUAUUGAGUUGUCUUGGUUUAAAAGGAGUAGCUCGGAAAACCCGAGUCACGAUACUAAAAGACGUGUCAGGCAUUGUAAAGCCCUCUCGGAUGACCCUUCUACUUGGACCACCAUCUUCAGGGAAGACCACACUUAUGUUGGCUCUAUCGGGAAGACUAGACAAUACUCUAAAGAGAAUGGGAGAAAUCACGUACAAUGGAUAUAUGCUCGAUGAAUUUGUGCCGCAGAGAACAUCUGCGUAUGUGAGCCAAAACGAUGUUCAUGUGGGAGAAAUGACAGUUCAAGAGACUCUCGAUUUCUCGGCAAGAUGCCAAGGCGUUGGAUGGCGUUACGAUCUCUUGACCGAGCUUGCAAGAAGGGAACGAGAAGCAGACAUUUUGCCAGAGGCCGAAGUUGAUCUUUUCAUGAAGGCAACUUCUGUGGAAGGACAGAAGACCAGUCUUAUUACAGACUACACACUCAAGAUAUUAGGACUUGACAGGUGUAGAGAUACUGUCGUUGGAGAUGAGAUGUCACGAGGUAUAUCAGGAGGAGAAAAGAAGCGUGUUACUACAGGGGAGAUGAUGGUUGGACCAAAAACGACACUCUUUAUGGACGAGAUAUCGACGGGGCUCGACAGCUCCACGACAUUUCAGAUAGUCAAGUGUUUGCAGCAAAUCGCACAUUUAACUGAGGCCACCAUUUUCAUGUCCCUCCUCCAACCAUCUCCCGAGACUUUCAAUCUUUUUGACGAUAUUUUUCUCUUGUCCGAAGGCCAGAUUGUCUAUCAAGGACCAAAAGAGCACGUCGUUGAAUUCUUCGAUAGCUGCGGUUUCAAAUGCCCCGAAAGAAAAGGAAUCGCCGAUUUCUUGCAGGAGGUGACAUCAAGAAAAGAUCAAGAGCAAUACUGGGCUGACAAGAGCAAACCGUAUGACUACAUUUCAGUAGCCGAGUUUGCAAACAGGUUCAAAAUUUUCCACGUCGGCCAAAGUCUCAAAAACGAGCUAUCCAUCCCUUACGACAAGUCAGCAAGCCACCUGGCGGCUCUCGUGUUCGAAAAAAACUCUGUCCCAAAAUGGGACCUUUUCAAAGCCAACCUCGACAAGGAAUGGCUUUUGAUCAGACGAAACUCUUUCGUCUACAUUUUCAAGAGUGUCCAAAUAUUCGUAGUUGCUUUAGUUGCGGCAACUUUGUUCUUGAGGACCCGUAUGCAGACUAGAAACGAGCAGGACAGUGCUUUAUACGUAGGCGCUCUUUUAUUCAGCAUGACGUGCAAUACCUUCAAUGGAAUUCUAGAGCUUUCGCUCACGAUGAAAAGGCUUCCCGUUUUUUACAAGCAUCGAGACCUUCUUUUCCACUCUGCUUGGGCUUUCACUCUGCCGAGUUUUCUGCUGAGGGUACCGAUAUCUGUGAUUGAGGCGACUGUUUGGACAGUCACGACUUAUUAUACAAUCGGUUUCGCUCCUGAACCGAAUCAGAUCCCAGAUUGGUUGGGUUGGAGUUACUGGGUUUUCCCCUUGAGCUAUGCCUACAACGCGUUAGUAGUGAACGAAAUGUUUGCUCCGAGAUGGAUGAACAAAUUGGCUUCGGACAAUACCACAAGAUUAGGCACCGCCACACUAAACCACUUCAACAUUCCACCCGACGAGAACUGGUAUUGGAUUGGUCUCAUUGCCCUUAUUGGCUUUACCAUACUCUUCAACGUUCUUUUCACAAUCUCCCUUAUGUAUCUAAAUCCUCUUGUGAGCAAACAUGCCACAAUAAUAUCCAAGGAGGUGAAGGGAGCUGAUCUUGAUGGUGCAACAAACGAUGCACAAAGUUCAACAAAGUCGAAGAAAGGGAUGGUUUUACCAUUCACCCCUCUCGUCAUGUCUUUCGACAGCGUGAACUACUUCGUGGAUAUGCCAUCUGAAAUGAAGGAACAUGAAGUAAAAGAGGACAAACUGCAGCUACUCAUUGAGGUGACAGGUGCAUUUAGGCCGGGAGUUUUGACGGCAUUAAUGGGGGUCAGUGGGGCCGGGAAAACUACGCUCAUGGAUGUUCUUGCAGGACGAAAAACGGGAGGUUAUGUACAAGGGGAUAUCCGAAUAUCCGGAUUCCCCAAGAAUCAAGAAACUUUCGCAAGAAUUUCGGGAUAUUGCGAACAAACUGAUAUCCACUCGCCUCAAGUGACUGUCCACGAGUCGUUGAUUUUCUCCGCCUUCCUUCGCCUCCCUAAAGAAGUAACGCGAGAACAAAAAAUGGCUUUCGUUGAUGAGGUGAUGGAUUUGGUUGAGCUGGAUGAUUUGAAAGAUGCCAUUGUUGGGAUCCCGGGAGAAAGUGGAUUGUCGACCGAGCAGAGAAAACGACUGACGAUAGCCGUUGAACUUGUUGCGAAUCCUUCGAUUAUCUUCAUGGAUGAGCCGACUUCUGGCCUCGAUGCACGUGCGGCAGCUAUUGUAAUGAGAACUGUUCGAAACACAGUGGAUACUGGGAGAACUGUUGUCUGCACAAUCCAUCAACCGAGUAUAGAUAUUUUCGAAGCUUUCGACGAGUUGCUUCUAAUGAAACGAGGCGGGCAGGUGAUCUAUGCAGGACCAUUAGGCCAAGAGUCGAAGAAGGUUAUUGAAUACUUUGAGGCGAUUCCGGGAGUUCCUAGAAUAAAAGACAAGUGUAAUCCGGCGACAUGGAUGCUCGAAGUCAGCUCGGUGGCAACUGAAGCCAGGCUCGGAAUAGAUUUUGCCGAACACUACAAAUCAUCAGACAUAUAUCAGCAAAACAAAGCAUUGGUGAAAGAAAUGAGCAAUACACCAACUCCCGAUUCAAAAGAUUUGUCUUUCGACACACAAUACUCGCAGUCCAUGUGGGGACAAUUCAAGUCCUGCCUUUGGAAGCAAUGGUGGACUUACUGGAGAAGCCCUGACUAUAAUCUCGUCAGGUACAUCUUCACCUUGGCAAGCGCCUUACUUCUCGGCACAAUCUUCUGGAAAGUCGGCAAAAACAGGAAUACAGAUACUGAUCUAUUGACCAUUAUCGGUGCAAUGUAUGCCACAAUUUUGCUCCUCGGAAUCACCAACGGCUCGACUGUCCAGCAAGUCGUCCUAGUCGAGCGAACCGUAUUUUACCGGGAAAAAGCUGCCGGAAUGUACUCGGCACUGCCCUACGCCAUGGCCCACGUGGUGCUCGAGAUACCGUAUGUUCUCUUCCAGACGACGUACUACACGUUGAUCGUGUACGCCAUGCUAGGCUUUGAGUGGACCGCGGCCAAGUACUUGUGGUUUUUCGCGGUCAAUUUCGUCACGUUCCUCUACUUCACGUACUACGGGAUGAUGGCUGUGUCCCUCACGCCCAACCAACAGCUGGCGGCGGUUUUCGCGGGCGCUUUCUACGCGCUGUUCAAUCUGUUCUCGGGCUUCUUCGUCCCAAGACCGAGUAUCCCUACAUGGUGGAGAUGGUACAGUUGGAUUUCGCCGACCGCAUGGACCAUUUACGGGCUGAUAAUCGGACAGUAUGGAGAUGUCGAGGAUACAAUUAGUGUUGCAGGGGAAUCAACACGGCCGAUGAUCAAAACCUAUAUACAGGAGCACUUCGGAUACGAUCCUGAAUUCGAAGGUCCUCUCAUUGCUAUAUUGAUCUGUUUCGCACUUUGUUUCGCUUUCACGUACGCUUACUGUAUCAAGACGCUUAACUUCCAAAAGAGAAAUGUGGGUUCUUUAGCUUAUCCCACUGGAAAUCUAAUGAGUCUCAAUCAACACAGAUUAUAUAGUGAGAUGUUUUGGUGGCGAUUGGUUGCGAGUUAA